UCAUGGCCAUAAAUGAAGUUUGAUAGCCUAACAAUCAACCAUGGCUCCACCACCACAAUCCGCCGGAGAUUCGCCGCCGGUUAGCCGGAGAUUCCGACCGGCGGCAGAUGCGGCGGGACGUGCAACGACGCGAGGCAACGACGAUCGAGAGGAGCUACUUUGGGCCGCCAUCGAGAGGCUGCCGACGUUUGAUCGCGCGACGAAAGGGAUAAUGAAGACAGUGUCCGAAGAAGGCAAAGAGUUGUCCGAACAGGUCGAUUUUGCGAAUCUCAGAGAUCAUGAAAGAGCGAUUCUUGUCGGAAAUGUACUCCGGGCCGUAGGAAAUGAUCCCGAAAAGUUCUUGCGACGGCUGCGCGAAAGAAUCGACCGGGUCGGCAUCGAUGUCCCAAAGGUUGAAGUUCGGUACGAGCAUUUGUCGAUCGAAGGCGAGACUUACGUCGCGUCGAGGGCGCUCCCGACUUUGCUGAACGUGACGUUGAAUGCGAUAGAGGGACUCAUCGAAAAGGUGAAGAUUCUCCCGUCGAAGAAACAACACAUCAAGUUGCUCGACGAUGUUAGCGGGAUUUUAAGGCCUUCGAGGAUGACGCUGCUUCUCGGGCCUCCCGGUGCGGACAAGACGGAGUUUCUUAAAUCGUUAGCUGGAAACAUCGGGAAGGAUCUUCGGGUCAGCGGAAGGAUCACAUACAACGGUUACGAGCUCUCCGAAUUCGUUCCGCAGAAAAUCAGUUCUUACGUCGGGCAGCAGGAUCUUCACCACGGCGAGAUGACGGUCCGAGAGACGUUGGAUUUCGCGGCACGGUGUUUAGGAGUCGGGACGAGAUAUGAUCUUCUUGUCGAGCUGUCGAGGCGCGAAAAAGAAGCCGGGAUUAAGCCGGAUCCCGAAAUCGACGCGUUUAUGAAAUCGACGGCGAUUGCCGGUCAAGAAUGUAGUCUCGCAACGGACUACAUUCUUAAGAUACUUGAACUAGAAAUAUGCGCUGAUACAUUGGUCGGAGAUGUAAUGAGACGAGGAAUAUCUGGUGGUCAGAAAAAGAGACUCACAAUUGGAGAAAUGUUGGUCGGACCGGCGGGAGUCUUUUACAUGGACGAGAUAUCGAACGGGCUAGAUAGCUCGACGACGUUCCAAAUUAUCAAGUACUUAAAGCAGAUGGUUCGUACGAUGGACACGACGAUGUUAAUGUCGCUUCUCCAGCCAGCGCCAGAGACUUUCGAGCUCUUCGACGACAUUAUUUUGCUCGUCCAAGGUCAUAUAGUCUACCACGGUCCACGUGACUCCAUACUCGAAUUCUUCGAAGGUGUUGGAUUUAAGUGCCCCGAGAGGAAAAGCGUCGCCGACUUCUUACAAGAAGUUACAUCGAUGAAGGAUCAAGAGCAAUAUUGGUUCCAAAAGAAUGAGCCUUAUCGAUACGUUCCAUCAUCUGAAUUAGCGAGCAAGUUUAGCUCGUUUUCCGUAGGGAAGAAGCUAAUCGACGAUUUAUCCGUUCCGUACGAAAAAAGUGAAGCUCGUCGUGAUGUUCUCAUCACUAGUAAAUACGGGCUUUCGAAUGUCGAAUUGUUGAAGACGUGUUUGGCGCGGGAAUGGCUUAUGAUGAAACGGAACGCGUUGUUUUAUGUUUUCAAGAUGUUCCAGAUCACGAUCAUGGCGAUCAUCGCCUUCACCGUCUUCUUUAGGACGGAGAUGAAGUUUGGGCACUUAGAAGACGGUCGAAAAGUUAUGGCGGCACUGUUUUUCAGUCUUAACAAUGUUAUGUUCAAUAGCUUAUCGGAGCUCGGUUUGACGGUUUAUCGACUUCCCCUGUUUUUCAAGCAGCGCGACGCUCAUUUCUACCCGGCUUGGGCGUUUUCGUUACCGAUAUGGAUUUUUGGGGUACCUCUUUCGGUUAUGGAAUCGUCGAUCUGGACAGGUGUUACUUAUUACACCAUCGGAUUCGCUCCUUCGGCUAGUCGGUUCUUUCGACAAUUGCUGGUGUUUGUGAUCGUGCAUCAGAUGGGAUUAUCGCUCUUUCGAUUCAUAGCCGUGAUCGGGCGAAGCAUCGUCACCGUAAGCAUUUUGAGCGCCUUUACAUUGGUGUUGAUCUUCGAUCUCGCCGGCUUCAUUAUCGAUAGAGAUGAGCUUGCGCCGUGGAUGCUUUGGGGCUACUAUGCGUCGCCUAUGAUGUACGGUCAGAGCGCGAUAGCCAUAAAUGAGUUCCUCGACGAAAGAUGGAGCCGGCCCAACACCGAUCCGAGAUUUGCUCAAGCUACUGUCGGGAAGGUUCUCCUCAAGUCAAGGGCGAUGUUUUCGGAGGAUUACAUGUAUUGGAUAUGUGUCUCCGCUCUUCUUUCGUUCUCAAUCUUCUUCACCAUUUGCUUCACAGUUGCGCUAGCCUACCUCGACCCUUUAGGUGGUUCGGAGUCUCUAGCGAUUGAAGCGAAGAAGGUGAAAGAGAAGAAGGACGACGGAAAUGAAGAGGAGAGCUCAAGAAAACGAGGAAUGGUGCUUCCGUUCACUCCGUUGUGGCUAGCGUUCGAUCACGUCAACUAUUACGUCGACAUGCCUAUGGAAAUGAGGAAGCGAGGGGUGAGCGAGUCCCGUCUUCGACUAUUGAGAGACGUGAGCGGAGCCUUUAGGCCCGGGAUUCUUACCGCAUUGGUGGGCGAGAGCGGCGCCGGUAAGACAACCUUGAUGGAUGUCUUAGCGGGAAGGAAAACAUCGGGACACAUCGAAGGAAACAUCAUCAUUUCCGGAUACCCAAAGAAUCAAUCUACAUUCGCUCGGAUCAGCGGCUACUGCGAGCAGAUCGAUAUCCAUUCUCCACAAGUUACCGUCUACGAGUCUCUCGUGUACUCCGCGUGGUUACGUCUCUCGCCGGAAGUGACCGAGGAGACGCGAAAAAUGUUCGUCGAGGAAGUGAUGGAGCUGAUCGAACUGAAUCCGGUGAGGGAUGCUUUAGUCGGCCUCCCGGGAGUAAACGGGUUGUCGCUCGAACAACGGAAGAGGCUCACCAUCGCCGUCGAGCUCGUCGCCAAUCCUUCAAUAAUCUUCAUGGACGAACCGACGUCCGGUCUCGAUGCUAGAGCAGCAGCGAUCGUGAUGCGCACGGUGCGUUCGACGGUAGACACGGGACGGACAGUAGUCUGCACAAUCCACCAACCGAGCAUCGACAUUUUCGAAUCUUUCGACGAGCUGUUGCUGAUGAAACGAGGAGGACAAGUAAUCUACGCCGGCCCUCUCGGUCAUCACUCGUGCCAUCUGAUUGAAUAUUUCGCCUCCGUGCCGGGAAUUCCUCUGAUCAAAGAUGGCUACAACCCAGCCACUUGGAUGCUCGACCUCACCACGCCCGCAGUCGAAGCUCAACUCAACGUCGACUUUGCGGAAGUUUACGCCAACUCCGACCUCCACCGUAGAAAUCAAGAACUCGUUCGCGAACUAAGCAGCCCAGGUCCGGACUCGCAAGAUCUACAUUUUCCAACCAAAUACGCACAACCAUUCACGACGCAAUGUAAAGCUUGCUUCUGGAAACAAAACUUGUCGUAUUGGCGACAUCCGGAGUAUAACGCCGCAAGGGUCCUCGUUACGUUGAUCCUCGGAGUCCUAUUCGGAGCCAUAUUCUGGAACGGAGGACAAAAACUAUCGACGGAGCAAGAUUUAAUGACUCUUCUCGGAGCUAUGUACGCUUCUGUCAUUUUUCUCGGCGGGACGAGUGCUUUCUCCGUGCAGUCGGUUAUUUCGGUGGAACGAACGGUGUUUUACCGGGAAAAGGCGGCGGGAAUGUACUCGGCUCUGCCGUACGCAUUCUCUCAGGUAGCGAUUGAGACGGUAUACGUUGCGAUCCAAACUUUGGUGUACACUCUCCUACUUUUCUCCAUGGUUGGAUUCGAGUGGCGUGCGGACAAAUUCUGCUGGUUCUAUUACUACAUGUUCAUGUGUUUCGUCUACUUCAUCGCCUACGGAAUGAUGCUCGUCGCCCUCACGCCGAACUUCCAGAUUGCCGCGAUCACGAUGUCGUUCUUCCUCAGCUUCUGGAACCUGUUUUCCGGCUUCAUCAUCCUUAAACGGGAAAUACCUGUGUGGUGGAGAUGGUACUUGUGGUGCUCCCCUGUUUCUUGGACCAUCAAUGGCCUCAUUACGUCGCAGUUAGGGGACAGGACGGAGGUCGUUCGAGUGCCUGGCGUCGCCGGAGAUGUCCUAAUUAAGGAUUAUUUCGACAGAUUUUUGGGGUUCAGACAUGACUUGCUUGGAGCUGUUGCGGCUGCGCAUCUUGGCUGGGUAUUACUUUUCUCUACUCUAUUCGCCUUUGGCAUUAAACACCUCAACUUCCAAAGGAAGUAGCGAGGAUAAGCUAUUACAACAUUCUUUUAUUGCAACUCGAUUUUACGACGAGAUUGCGACAAGGGGCUUAACAAGCCAUGGGACUAAACCUAUAUCAGCAAUAUUUAGACUAUUGUACCUCAAAAUUAUUUAGUUGGAAAUCACAAUUACAACAAACAGUAGCUUUCUUCACUACCGAAUCUGAGUAUGUAGCAAUAACCGAGGCAUUAAAACAAGCAUUGUGGCUAAAAGGUUUAAUAACUUAAAUUGGCUAUUUGCAAAAUAAUGUUAUAGUGUUCCCGGAUAGUCGGUCCGAAAUACAAUUAUUUAAGAAUCCUGUAUUCCACGACAGAACUAAACACAUUGAUGUACGAUUUCAUUUUAUACACAAUAUUAUAUCUAAAGAACUGUUAAAAUUCCAAAAAGAUUCCUUCUAAAUAUAAUCGGGCUGUUAACAAGACUUCCUAAAGAAUUCUAUCCCCCAAAGCCACGGGACUAAACAUAUUUCAGUAAUAUAUCGGCAAUAUUAAUCGAC